AGGUUUCCGUACGAUGUCUUGGCGUUUCCUCUUCUGCUGAAUUCGUGUUGCUAGCUAGCUAUCUACCACCAACAACACUACUGCUUUGAUACACAUUAGCACCUAAGUGUUACAGUUAGGAUUUUUUAAUUGAAUAAAUCAAAAUGAGACGAGCAGGUUUGGGCGAAGGAGGACCUCUUGAAAAUGUUGUGGCCAGUGGAUACAGCGCGUACGAAGAGGAAAAUGAACACUUACAAGAGGGUCUGAGAGCCAAAGUCAGCGCCUUGAAGCAUUUGUCAAUAGAUAUCGGAACAGAAGUGAAAUACCAAAAAAACAUGUUGGACGAUAUGGACUCAGACUUUGACUCAACAGGUGGUUUGCUGGGGGCCACCAUAGGGAGAGUGAAGCAGCUUUCCAGGGGAAGUCAGACCAAGCUCCUGUGCUACAUGCUGUUCUUCUGCUUCUUGGUCUUCACCAUCCUUUACUGGUUUAUCAAACUGAGGUGAUACGUUACAGGAGGCCCCGGCUUUUCCCUCCCUGCCCCGGCUUUUCCCUCCCUGCCCCGGCUUUUCCCUCCCUGCCUCGGCUUUUCCCUCCCUGCCUCGUGUUUCCUUCCCCAGUCUGUGCCAUGCGUGCACCUCUGCAUCAGAAGACCAGGAUGAUGACAAUGACUGUAAGAAUGUGCUUAAUGUUUGAGAAGACCCCCCCCCCCCAAAUCAUCAAUGACAAUGUGCAAUAGGGAUGAGUAGUACCCUGAUGGAAUGAGUAGACACUGCCAUACGUUUACGUUUGUCAUGUAACACUUUCAUACAGAGUCCCUUAACGAUGAUACAGGAUGAGUGAUCUAUUGCAUCAACAAAUCUGGCAAGGCUAAGCAGUAACAUGUGUUACACAGGCAGCCCAAUUCUGAUCUUUUUCCCAAUCACAUUUUUCAGAGCUGAUUAGUGAAAAAAGAUUGGAAUUGGGUUGGCUGUCAAAGAGGUUGCUUGAUCCAAUGUGAGACUGAUUUAACAUUUGAUCAAUACAGUGUCUAACAAUUCGAGUUCCACUAUAAACAAACAUCUUGUUUAUUUGUUUUGAGGAAUAAAUUAGGGUACGCGCUCACUUCAAACAUUUCCUGUCCCAUCAACAGAGACUGUUCUCCCGUUGACUGAUGUAAAAUGUUUUGAAUUUGACGGUCCAGAGAGUGAUUGUUUUUCUAUAAGUCACAAAAGAUUGAGGUAUAUAGCCUUUCGUUUAUUUUACACAGCGGUACAUUGUAUUCCUGAGACCAUCUACAAAAACUUGAUCUUAGACAUUGAUUACAAAUUCACAACUACUGUAGGACUGCCGUUUUCAAUUGUCAUAAAGAAAUAUAAUCUUAGGCAUGUUUCCCCAGAAUGGAAACAUGGAGGCACAAUUUGAAAAACAUUACAUGCAUUUUCAUAAGUGCAACACAGCAUGAAUAGUGGUUAAAUUGAUUAACAAAUUAAAAUCUUCAACUGCAAUUCUGAUGUGUUCAUUAAAUUCCAGAAAAUGG